UGCUGCAUAAAUAAUUGUCCCGUUAGGGUUUUUGUCGCCGCUUCAGAUUUCUGCUUCGUCGCGCUCUCUCCUCUGUGGCCGCACUCUCACUCUCGUCAACAUGGGGAAGACGCGUGGUAUGGGAGCUGCCCGCAAGCUGCGGAACCACCGCAGAAGGCAAAGGUGGGCUGACAAGUCUUACAAGAAGUCUCACCUCGGGAACGAAUGGAAGAAACCCUUUGCCGGAUCUUCACAUGCAAAAGGAAUCGUCCUUGAGAAGAUUGGUAUUGAGGCUAAGCAGCCCAACUCUGCUAUCCGUAAGUGUGCUAGGGUUCAACUGAUCAAGAAUGGAAAGAAGAUCGCAGCUUUCGUUCCCAACGAUGGUUGUUUGAACUACAUCGAAGAAAACGACGAGGUGUUGAUCGCGGGAUUUGGACGUAAGGGUCAUGCCGUGGGAGAUAUUCCUGGAGUUAGGUUCAAGGUGGUGAAGGUAUCUGGUGUCUCCCUCUUGGCUCUCUUCAAGGAGAAGAAGGAGAAGCCUCGCUCUUAAUUAAAUAUCGUCUCACCCUUUUUUGGUAGUUUGGUUUGGUCUCACUGCUUUUCGUUUCAAGAACUAUGUGUUCAGUUCUUACUCUUUAGUCUAUCCGAGGAGUUUUGAGUUUUCUCAUGUCAUGAAUCAUUUAUUUAAGUAUUUUUGUUUCACUUGCCAUCCA